ACGUGUUCAAUAGAGGUAGGGAAUAUAUGAUUCAUCAUCAGUUUCUAGCCCAACUUUCCGAGUUUCGUCUCUGUGAUUCCUCUCUGUGUAGUGGUGAUGGAGAAUCGGAGACUGGUGGAGGUGUCGGACCACGAAGUUCGAAUCGACUUCGCACUGGGCUGCAAAUGCCGAGCCAACGUCCGCCUCACUUCUCUCAGUGCCAACACUCCCAUUGCCUUCAAGGUUCAAACCUCUUCGCCUCAGAAGUUUCUAGUGAGCCCACCCACUGGUCUUAUUCCUCCUUUGUCCUCCGCUGCCUUUCAAGUCAUCCUCAAGCCCCAAUCGCAGCCUCCGGCGAUGUUCCCUCGCUCGCCGACGGACCGUUUCCUCAUCAAAACCGCGCUCGCUCCGGAGUUCUCUACCCAGUCGACUCAACCGGAUUCCAUCAACUCGUGGUUCGCCUCCAGGCCGACGCAGGACCUGAAGCUUAAGGUGGUGUUCGUUGGGCCAUUCCUUCUCCGGCAUGCCGUCGCGGCUGGGGAUGUAGACGCCGCGAGGAACUUGAUCAAGCGGCAGAAGUCGGUGGUGGCGGAGAUGCUGCCAAGGGAAGCCGAGUCGCUGCUCGGAGUCGCUUCCAAGUCUAACGAGAUGGUCGAGUUGCUGGUCGAAGCAGGGUUGAAGAGCGAGGCACGUGCGAAGAUUGAUAAGAUGAGUUUGGAAGAGGAGACCAGGUGGGCGUCGAAGGGGUGGACGGGGAUUCACGUGGCUGCAGCGUUUGAUCGGACGGAGGAGCUCGCGAGUCUGGUGAAGUUGGUGGGAUCUGGGCCGUUGGAUUUCAGGGAUAACGAGGGGAGGACGGCGCUGCACCUGGCAGUAAGCAAAGGAAAUAUCCAGUGUGCGAGGACGUUGGUGGAGGCGGGUGCGGACAAGGACGCCAAGAGUAAGGACGGUAGAACGGCGCUGUACAGAGCAGCCUCAAAUGGUGACCGUCCGAUGGCGGAGAUGCUGAUACAGAUGGGUGCGGACCCCACUAUCACCGCUGGCCAUCGUGACCGCUCACCUCUUGAUAUUGCUCGCGAUAAGGGACACAAAGAGAUUGUGGAGAUCCUGGAGCAAGGGGAGACGGUACUAACCACAGCAAGACGGGGAGAGCUCAAGUCUCUGGAGCUCUUACUGCAGAGAGGCGCAAGCAUCAACUACCGCGAUCAGUAUGGGUUGACAGCUCUUCAUGUGGCCGCAAUCAAAGGGCACAAGGAUGUCGCCCUGCUGCUCAUCGGGUCCGGGUUAGGCUUGGAGUGCCAGGACAGUGAAGGCCACGCGCCGCUGCAUUUGGCAGUGGAGGGCGGCAGCAUGGAGACAGUGGAGGUGUUGGUAGAUGAAGGAGCCAAUAUCAAUGCCAGGAGCAAGAGGGGUGCAACCCCUCUCUACAUGGCUAAUGCCUUGGGGUACCAUGACAUCGCUCAGUUUCUUGUAAACAGAGGAGCCUCCUCCUCUUCCCUUCCUCCAUCAUCUUCACCUUACCAUUUAUGAUAUCAGUAUGCAUCAAAACGUUACAAGCCCUCUUUUUCAAAUUCAA